GCUUCCACGGUACAUUACCUGACGAUGGCCAAGUGCCGAAACGUUGCAUUAUAAUGGAAUGGUUCAGAUUUCCAGAGACUUGUGGAAUGGGUGAGUUUACCCUAUUGUUUAAAUAAGUUGAAUAUAAUUAUGUACUUAGCUACUACUAGUAAACAGAAUAACUAGCAAACAAACAUCCUUUCUUCUUGUUCGUUUUAUCCGCCAGGUGUAAUUACUACGCCAUUCCGUUCUCACGACAGCCUGGUGCUCGAACAAGCUGCAUGUGCCAGCCAGACGAGCAAUAGCGGAAGUCUUAAGAACAACAACAACACCUGCAGCGGUAGCCAGCCAAACAAUAAUCCUUCAUCGGUGUCCGCCGCCGUCGGUACUGCAAACUGAUCCCUGUUCGCUUCCGAGUCCGGAGCAUAUUCGUCACACCAGUCGCCAGAGCAAUCCCUGCUGCCCUCCGACGCCUAUCGUCAGUGAUCCUCUGUGCACGCAACCAUGGCGACCACGCAGUCCCUAGCCGGCGGUGAGUUGCCGGCGCACGACGACGAAAAGGUUGCCAUGGCAGCGGAUGCCGAUCACCACCAGCAGCAUCAUCAGCAUCACAUUGAAGGGAACGCGGCAUCCUGCCCGACCCCAGUGCCCGACCUCGGUGGCUGCCACGACAACCGCAGAGGCGGCGUCGUCGGCGGCGGCAACAGUGCAAGUCACCACCCAGCAGCCAUAGCCACGGUGGAGGUUUCCGGGACACCCGAGGAGUCUCAGGCGGCGGAGACGCUGACGCAGCUGACGUGGCAGCAGCCCGUGCUGCGCUCGGCUGCCAACGCGGCGGACGACCCUGGCUACGUCGCACCGGCGUCCGCCAGUCACCGUAUCCACGACAACAAGAGCAGACAGGCGCAGCAAGCGCCGCAGCACUCCCACGGCCAGGACAGCGCGGACUUUGAGCAGCGCCAGCCCGAACAGGAGAAGGCAGACAUUGGCGCUCCACCACCAGCUCUGAUGCGCGUGCAAGCGGCAGUGACCACACCAGUGGCAACUGACAACUCGGCGUCCAGACAGGCUGAGUCAUCCGACAGCGCCAUUGGUAACCAGCCAAUCAUUCCUGCAUCCGGACAGAAUCAGGACGGGCAGCAAGUGCAGCUCUGGCAGUUCCUGAUUGAGCUACUCCAGGACGAGAAGCAUCGCUCAAUAAUCUGCUGGACGGAGCACAGAGGAGAGUUUAAACUCCUGGAUCCGGACGGGGUGUCACACAAGUGGGGUCUUCGCAAGAACAGGCCCAGCAUGGACUACUACAAGAUGUCCAGGUCAAUGCGCUACUACUAUGGCAAGAGCAUACUACACAAGGUGCAAGGCAAGCGAUUCUGUUACUGCUUCGACGAGAAGAUUCUCAGCCAGGUGCAGGGUGGACAGCACGCUCACUUCGCCUCACCGUAACUCGGUGUCAUGGCAACCCAGGGCGGUGCAUAGCUGGCCAUGCCCCCGCUGGCCGAUCUGUCUGCAGGACAUAGAGGACUUUAUCAAGUCGGUCAACACCACCACCACCAGUACGGACAAUCAUCACCAUACUCUCACCUAUCUGCGCAUCAUCAACAGUCGCAACACCAGCAACAACAGCAGCAGCAUCAGCAGCAGCAGCAGGUUUCGCAGUGGUCUCAUUCGUUCGACGGCUCGCAGCGCUCUCUCUCUCUCUCUCUCUCUCUCUCACAGCCACCUCCACCAGCAGCUGUCCCCGCUGUCUCCAACACUGGUCAACCACAUGACGCAACCCGGUGGACAUCUCGUUCAACGUCAUCCCAUUGCCGCUAUGCAGGUAAUAAUAAUAACAAUAAUAAGACUGUCUAUGUGUGCUCCCCCCCCCCCCCCCUUGUGUACGGUGACAUUCAGGUAUGUGUACCCUCACAAUCGAUAUUUCUCACCCUUUCUUGUACAUAUUAUUGCCUCCCAAAAAUAUUUUCUUGUACAUAUCGCGGCCUCUAAAAAUAUUGCAAAACAUAUUACUCGCCCAGCCCAUUCUAUCUGCUUCUAUUAUCCACAUAAUAUACAUUACAAUAUUGAUGUCACCGUCAGGACGCGUCAGGAGGUGUCUCAAUCCUGGAAAGGAAAAUCAAGGGCCCAGGACAUUUGAAUCUACCACUUCUGGUUGUUGUUCUGCACCUGUAUUGUCAACCGUCUCUCACCCUCGCUCGCUUGUCGUUCACUCUCUCGCUUUCCAGACGUUUCCAAACACCGAUCAAAGAAUCUGUAAAUGUGAUUUAAUUAUAAUAAUAAUCUGGUUAAGAGAA